AUGCCUCCUAUUCGAACUAAAAAUUGCUCAAGCUAUAGAACCGUCUUUCCGGUAAAUUGCAACUACCAAAGAUGUGGUUAUGCCGUUCUCCAGCACGUCAAGCCUAUAAGCAAGAGAACAAACAGUUGGGUGGCUCCUCCUCCAUUGAAAGUACUCGCAUAUGCGGAUGAUGUCCUGACUUUCGUCAAGUCUCGGGCAGAACUUCUUGAUCUGGAAGAAAGAUUGAGAACUUACAACAAGGCCUCGAACUCCAAGAUCAACUACGACAAGUCCGUGGCCUUCCCUCUUCAUGGUGGAAGAAUGACAAGCCAAACUGGUGGCCUAAUUCAAGAUCAUGCAACAAACAAUCUCAAAAUCAAAUGGUAUGAUUCUACGUCUACAGGAUUUAUAAAAUACCUAGGUUAUCCAAUUUGGUUCUGCAAUCAACAAAGAGACGUAUACAUCGCUAAACUGCUGGGUGAUAUCACUACUGCUGUUGAAAGGUUUGCAGCACGACAAGUCUCACUGUACGGCAGAGCGAAUAUUGCCAACACUAUGAUAUUGUCCAAACUAUGGCAUGUCAUUCGGAUCGUUUCCCUGCCCAAAGACACAGUCAAGAAGAUAACCUCAAUCAUUUAUCAGUUUGUAAUGUCUGGCCUGUAUCCACCUCUAAAAGGCAACUCCCUCUUCCUACCAAGGUACCAAGGCGGUUUAGGACUGAUUGAUUUAAUGGCGCAACAAAAGGUUCUGCAAUUCAGAUACCUGAACGCUUUGCUGACAGAAAACAGCAACAACAUACCUGGUCUCACGUAUAGGCUACUAGUGGAUUAUUUGAAGAUGUCGCACGACUCACCAUCGCACAUAAUCCCUAUACUGUUCCAAACGGCUAGAUACAAAAACCAGUUAAGAGGCUUCCACCCUUAUCACAUGAUGUUCGAGGCAAUAGAUACUUAUAUGAAGCAUUCCCCAUUCUCACUCGCUUGGUCUGUCAAACCAAAUGUCAUGACACUCUUGUCAUUGCCAGUGCUGGAAAUUCUUGAUUUUGUCAAUGAGGAAGUAGCCAUGGGAUACACAAGCAGAGACUCGAUCAGGGAGAGUAAAGUUCAUGACUUCUUCCACGUCAACCAGGAAACAAGUACUCUGCAGAUAAAGCCAAGAAGUGAAUGCAAGCGACCAAACAUUAGGAAUCAGAUAGAAAGAGGUCUUCUCUGUGGGAACAUCAGAUUGGAAUCUUUCGCGGAUACAAGAAACAUGGAGGCUCAUCUAGACCUACAGCCUUUCGUUGCUAUGCUUAACUACCAAGACCGCCCAAUGCUUCAAAUGUCAAACAAAUACUUGAGAUCAAUUAUGCUGGACAUACACAACCUUGAUGUUGGACGAAAGUUCAAUCAUACCAUCAGCAAAGUCCAGUGGAAACACUUCUAUCAUCAAAACAUGCAUCACUCUGUGAGAAAUGUCUGGUAUAGAAUGAUACACAAGCAAUGCCCGAGCAAAUCAGCUCUUUUCGUUCGACGCCUGAGGAACGUCGAAGAUGACAAAUGUACCCUCUGCAAUGAUACUGAAGAUGCCAAACAUCUCAUGGUUAGCUGCCCCCACAAAAACGACAUUUGGUCCAACAUCUUUGAACAAUUCCUGGGAUACCCCAAGGUUGCUAAUCCACAACAAGUAUACCAAUCUAUAGUUAACUUAAACCUGAAGCAAUAUUUCAUCUACAACCUCGAUAUCAAGAUUACAAUCUUCGACCUGUUUGCUGCCACCAUUCGUAUGAUAUGGAGAUUCCACCUCCUACAAACAUUCGAAGGAGUGCCAUUUGAUACCAACAAUGUCACCAACAAGAUCAGUGCUGAAGUGAUGAGGUUGUCAGAUCUCAAGCAUCAAUAUUAG